AUGGCAACCCAACAGAUCCUGUUCGCCGAGACGGUCGCCGCUAUGAAGAAGGCUCUGAAGCGAAAAGCCUAUGAAUCCGACUCGGACGACGAGAUUGACCACUACGGCAACCGCGGCCACAAACUCCAGAAGCGCGCACUCUUUGCUCACAAAGGUCAACUCGCACCACCCUCCGGUCCCGAAGUCUACAACGAAGUGAUUGACUACGCUGGCCAGCAGCGCACGAUAAUCAGCCGCAACCCUCCCAUUGUAGACGAAGAAGGGUACGAAAUUGACAGCGACGACGACGAGGAGCGCAUUCAGGAGGCUGUCUCCUCGGCCACAGAGCUUGACCCCUACGCCAAUAUUCGAAUUGAACAAAUCCUAGCUCCCUUGACUGCCUCAAUCGAUCUGCCACAACAUCCGACCCUUUCGAAACCCUUCACAGCCAAGACCCUAGACGAGAUAGCCGAGCAAAGCUGCGACGUUCGACGGAAAGAAAAUGCAUCGCUGUGGAGAGUCAGACAUCUCUUCACAAAGAUUUGCGGCGACUACACAUGGGUCCCCUGUGGCAUGAUGGUCGGUCCGGACGAUGCCGACUUGUACUCGACAGACUACGUCGAACGCGGUUACCUCCAAAACACGAAAGCCACCACUGCCGGAUCAAACGGGGACGCCUCCUCUGGUACGUUGAGCGGCGAUGCGAAACCAGAACAUGCGCCAAACGGCACGAACGGCGAGGCGUCUGGAGACAAGGACAACGAAGAUGGGGACGUAACAAUGACUGAUGCCGGCUCCGAGAAGGGGGAUGCAGCGAAGUCCGCAUCUGAAAAGGCAGAGAAGGAGCACACUCAGCCUGAGGCAGACGCAUCCCAGGUAGCAAACGGCGAAACUUCCAAACCUAGCACGGUAGCCAAGGAGGCACAGGUUGAAAGCAAAGCCGACAAGAAGCAGAAACAAAAGGCGGUUGACGUUGAAAUGCACGAUGGCAACGCGAUACCUCCGUCACAGCCCGGAACAGAACUGGCUGACGGCAACGGUACGCAUGCGCCGUCAAUGGCAACGGCAUCGGAGACGGCGGACGAAACCUUUGUCCACCCAUUUUUCCGGCCGCCGGCCAACGCUCGCCCAGACCGAGAUGUGGGUCUACCAGAGGCAGAGGCCGAGGAUAUCCGCCGCCUGUUAGCUCUGUACGUCCAGAAACAAGAGGAGGUCUGCCGCGGUGCUAUGAAGCUCCACGAAGGCCUUCUCAAGGCCAACCGGCUACGCAACACAGUUCUCGAGUGGUCCAAGUCGGAAGCGCACAGUGGUGCCAACCGGGAUAUGUCUGACGGCGAGGACUGGUACGACAAGGAGAAGUGGGGCCUCACGGAGGAUCUCAAGAAGGGCCAGGACGACGAGGAAGAAGACACGGGCACCGUGGCCAAGAAGACUAGGAAUCGCAGGUGA